UCCAUCCUCGUGGAGGCCCUGCGCGACGCCUCGGGCCGCACCCUGACGGACGUGGACGCGGAGCUGCGGGGCCUGCGCCGCAGCAAGUGGCGCCUGGGCGUGUGGCCGGGUGUGUUCGAGCGCAAGCUCCUGGACGGGUGCGAAUGGCUGCUCUCCACCCAGCGGGGCCCCUCCGCCGUGCUCGUCAGCGUCAAGGCGCCCACGGGCCGCAUGGUGUUCGCCGCCUGCCCCGCGACGGACUCCCUGGACAGCCUCAAGGUGACCGUGGAGGUGUUUCCUCUUGCCCCUGGCAAGCCCCCUGUGCUGGUGCAGCUGGGAGCAGAUCCCGCGGACACGGUUGAGACGCUGCGCUGGGGGGCUGUCUUCAAAUCCACUCCAAUCCCGAAAGGUCAUCGCGCUAUCGGGUUAGUCGCUCAAAACCCGAGCUUCGGGCUCUUCAUGGAGGACCGGGAGCUUCCCUUGAAGGGGACUGUGGCCGAGUGCGGCAUCACCAGCGGGGCCAGGCUGUGCUUCCGGAGAAGGGAUUCGGAUCUUGACUCACGAAAGAUGCAGAUCUUCGUCAAAUUUAUGAGGAGCACUACGGCGAUCCAGUGUUUUGAAUGGGAUACAGUUCAGGCGGUCAAGGACCGUGUUGGUCUUGAGACUGCGUCUAAGGAGAUGUACCUCAUGAUGCGAGCGCCGCUCGAAGACGAGCUCACUCUCUGCGAGUCUGGCGUCGGGGAUCAGUCCUUUCUGCACUUGAUGCUGAGAAUUCGCGGCGGUGGGAGCUCUUCAUCGUCGGUCGGAGCGGCGCAGCCCGCCGGCCAAGCACAAGCAGGCCCUGAGGGCGCUCAGCCCAUCGCCUCCGCCACUCCGCCUGCUCAGCCCACCGACACCCUCGCAGUGGGGAAAAUAGUAGCAGGCAAAUUCCUGCCUCCAGAGAAGACAAGGACCUGCCACUUUCACAUCGAUGACGAAGGGCCCGCCCCGAAGCUGCAAUUUGAUAUCUUCGUUGAUGAGGCCUGAUUUCAAUAAGAUUCUUGAUUGAUUCAUUUUUUUUUUCGUGAUAAGCCCUGAAAGAAACCUUAGGGAAAGAAACCUUAAGCUUCUUAAUUUUUUUGUCUUGUAUAUAAGUAAGUUUGUGACAACGUCAUGAACGAUUGCUUGGUGAAGAUUUUAUGUUUAUUCCGUGAUGAGCCUUAAUCGUGUGAAAGAAACCUUAAGCUUCUUCAAUUCUUUUGUUUUAUCUAUAAGGUUGUGUCAAAAGCAUGAAUGAUUACUUUAUAAAGUUUCUCCUUUAUGAUUAAACAAGCGAGACACUAUCUACAACAAGCGGCCUUUUUUCUGCCUUCACACUGUCAGAAAUUUUGUCGUAAAUU